AUGACAUGGUUUUUUUAAAGCGUUUGGUGAUAAUGAAGCAAAUAGAUGUAAUAGAAGACAGUUUGCUGUCACAACUUGCCAUGCCAUCUAAGUUUCAGGUAAGAGCAAUGAUGUAUGGUCGUAGAGUUUCAGUCAAUGUCUUUGGAAGUCAAGAGAACUCUCAAGCAUUCUAUAGGAGCAGAGGACCAUCGACUAUUACAAUUCCUUUUAGAAAGUGCAAAGGUUUGGUCCAGGUGUCACCUGCAGCUAACCAGAAGAUGAAUUAUUUAGUUGGGUCCCAAAAUAUUGUAGCACUCUCCAUCAUGGUACUUGAGACUUAA